AUGACGGCACCAGAAGGCAAAUACUACGUCCAUGACAAGCUGGGUAUCAAGCAGCCCCACCACGAGUCCUUUGCACGCUUGUGGGAGACUCGUUGGGAACCUUUGGCGGAUAGCAUGACGUACCCGUUUCUUUACACAGAUAAGAGAGAUUUUGAGCCUAUUGCCCAAGAGAUGAUUAGGCUCAACUUCAAAGAACCUUACGAAUGGCAAUCUUUCGCUUCGAUGUUUGAACCCCACGCUAGUAAUCUCUAUGAUACAGCUGCGGCUGCAGAACAGGCAGGGGAGCUGGAAAAGGCGUCAGAAUAUUACCUUCGCGCCGCAAACGUCUGGUUCAUUUCUCGAUAUCCACACAUACUCACCGAUAUCCAACGUAAUGCCUGGGAGAGAUCAAAGGUUUCAACUCUCAAGGGCCUACAACUGCGAGGCAUACCGAUGGAAGAGAUACUUGUGCCCCAUAAGCACGGCCUUGAAAGCGAGGGAAAACAUGUUCCAAUCUGGAUUUCUCUGCCCAGCGAUGCUUCUAAGGAAAACCCGGUACCUAUCGUCUUUGGAAUUGGAGGUUUGGACUCUUGGCGGCCAGAAAUGGCUUGUUUUGCUGCUGCAUAUCACCAAUGCGGGAUCGGGAUGUUACUGGUAGAGAUUCCUGGUACCGGAGACUCUCCUGCUCUUGUCGACGAUCCUAAGAGCCCUGAUCGUCAGUGGUCAAGUGUCCUGGACUGGGUCGACGAGAACGAGGCCAUCGAUAGUAAGAAGGUGGUAGGAUGGGGCAUCUCGACCGGAGGUUACUACGCCAUUCGAGCCGCAUAUACACACCACGACAGAUUCCUUGGUAUGGUCUCUCAUGGUGGUGCUUGCCAUCACGUCUUUGACCCGGAAUGGCUUGACGGAAUCGAAUAUAGGGAAUUUGCUCACAGGUGA